GUUUACCGAAACAACUGCGAUACAACAUUUUUGUUGUUAAGUGUUGACUCUGUGCACACGAAAAUAAAACACCAUUUUGAGAGUACACUGGAAAGUAAAACAGCUCCAAAUCAUCAAUCGAUUCAUCAUGCCGACGACGACGACGACGACGGCGACGAGGAGUAGCAACAUCAGCAGCAGAUGCAACAUCAGAGCUCUUUGGGUCCUCAACAAUGUCGAUUUCGUCGUCUUCUCCAGGAGGUUUCCUACUGUGGAGCGCCGAUGGCGCGCUGUCUGCAAAUCGGAGAACGAGAAAGUUGCAAAUGGAAACGAUGAUGAUAAGCCUACAGUAUCGACUUCGCUUCCGAAUGAUUCGGAGUUUUCCGAGGCAUUUACAAAUCGAAGGAAGAGGGAGGGAUCUGCUCGUGGUUCGGGCAUACGUGUUGCCGAAUCAGUUCAGGGAUCAGAUUCCUGGGUUGAUGACCCUAUUAUGCGCCACAUCAUAAGUCUCCAUAUAAACCAUGAAGAGGAAAAGGACUACAUGUUAUGGCCAUUAAUUCUUCAUGUAAAAGGACCCUACUGCAUCUUGGUAUUGCCACUAGUUGAGGCGAAGCAUGUUAAAGCAUAUGAGAGAUUGUAUAAGAGAUCUGAUUGUGGAACAGCCAUUGGCAUGGACCCAAAUUUAUCCUCUUUAUUGCUUGAUCUUCCAUCCAUCACAGGGGCUUUUAUGUUUGCGCAUGUCAUUGGUGACAUACUCACUGGGGAUUUUGCUGAACCUGAGAUAGCUGUUAGUGCAUCACCAUCUGUAGGAGGGCUGCUUGAUUCUCUAACCGGAAGCAUUGGAAUAUCAGGUAUAUCUGCGAGAGGCAAAGCUGCUCCUGUAUCAGUCCCUGCUUCCACUUUAUCCCCUGCUUCUCUAGCUGGCUCUGUCAUGUCGGAUGCUCAAAAGCCUCUGGAAAAAGAUGCUUUACAAUCUUUCAUCAGCAGCUCAAUGCCCUUUGGUACACUGUUGGAUCUUAGCUACUCCAAUCUUUCAGCUAUUAGGCUGAACGGCUUCUCUUCCAUAGAUGUGCCACCUGCAGAUAUCAAGCAGCCAGCAUGGAAGCCCUAUCUUUACCGAGGAAAGCAGAGAAUGCUGUUCACUAUCUACGAGACAAUCAAUGCCUCCAUGUACGACCGUGAUGAGAUUCCUGAUAGCAUUUCGAUCUCAGGCCAAGUUAACUGCCGAGCAGAACUGGAGGGGUUGCCUGAUGUUUCCUUUCCCUUGACUGGCCUGAACAACUCUCGUAUUGAGGUUUUGUCUUUCCAUCCAUGUGUUCAAGUUCCGGAGCGAGGCAUUGAUAAGCAAGCUCUAAUGUUUUCACCACCUUUUGGAAAUUUCACUUUAAUGCAUUACAUGACAUUCUGCAACCUUGGACCUCCAGUCAAGGGAUUUUACCAGCUCUCCAUGGUGUCAGAAAAUGAAGGUGCAUUUUUGUUCAAAUUACGACUUAUGGAUGGCUAUAAGGCUCCGCUUGCAAUGGAAUUUUGUACAAUAACAAUGCCCUUCCCUCGAAGAAGGGUGCUCUCCUUCAGUGGGACACCGUCUAUUGGAACUGUGUCUGCUACAGAUCACUCGAUUGAAUGGAAAAUCAUAACAAGUGGGCGAGGAGCUUCAGGAAAGAGUUUUGAAGCAACAUUUCCAGGAACUGUUAAAUUUGCACGCCUACAGACACAAAAAUCUCUUGGUUCAGUGAGAAAGACAACAUAUGAUGAAGAUAGUGAUACUGAAAUGGAGAAUGCAAGUAAUGUAAAUAUUGAGGAGUUUCUGGAGGAGAAGAUGAGAAAAGAUCUUCCACCAAUUGAUUUAGAAGAACCAUUUUGUUGGCAGGCUUAUGAUUAUGCUAAAGUGUCCUUCAAGAUCAUGGGGGCUUCAUUAUCUGGAAUGUCCAUUGAUGCGAAACAUGUACGCAUCUAUCCUGUUGUUAAAGCACCUAUUGAGUUUUCUACUCAGGUAAGUUCGGGGGAAUAUACAUUGUGGAAUACAUUGGGGAAAUGCCCUUCUGCUGCCAUGCCUGUUGCCUAAGGAGUUAGGAGUCUUAGGACCGAAGUUCAACUAAACUACUCUUAUGAUCUACCAUACUCGUAAAGUUGUUUGGGACGAAUACUGGUGCUGUAUGCGGUAAAAGGAGAUCUGUACUUGUUCCAUCAAAUUUUUACUGCAACUUGUAUAUUCUGGCAACUGUGGUUGAUGACUUGUGAUAAAUGAGAAAAGCUUGGCUUAUGUAACUUAGUUACAGGAACCCCUUUGCUUCUGACAAUGCGAGGAUAAUUUUGUUUUUACAGCUACUUUUGUCAUUUCAUGGGCAUCUGGGAUGUCCACACAAGCCCCAAAAGUGGCAUAUUGUUGUGGAAGUUGAAAGGAAUAAAGGACAUUUUGCAUAAA